AAUCGCAGCGGAAUUUCCCCGCAGCCGGUAAAUAGUACAGCGCUUUCUCUGGUGAUUGUUAGACCGUAGGCGGUGUCGCAGUUGCGUGCGUGCAGCGCUAGUGCUACAGACACAUCCUCCCCAGCAGCAGCAGCCUGCCAUAGUAGCAGCCCAGUGCCCCUGUGUGCAGCUGCCAUGAUCGUGGAGCGGGUGAUUGAGGACUCCUGCGACUUGUUGGAUCAGGAGUUCGGCAUGAGCAGCCCCAUGAGCCUCGGUUACUUUUACGGCGGCUCCCCUGUCUCUGACACGGCGACCUCCCCGUCACACUACAUCUCCAGCCCCGGCUCCCCGGCCUCUGACAGCGACGGGGGCGGCCUGAGCGCGUCCUGGCCCCGCAGCAAGAAGGCUGAGCGAAUCGAUGGGAUAGGACGUCAGACAAAGGGAAACUUUCAGGGGGUUCGGGUGAAGAAUCCAGUACGGGAACUUCUUAACCAGAUGAGAAAUAAGACCGGUCUGGCAACAGAAGAGUGCCAGAAAUCUCAGAACCGUGAGCAGUGUAAUGAAUUGAAGGUCCUAUUAAGCAGAAAACGGAUUACUGAUUUCAUGUUGGACACACCAGCUGCAAAGAAACCCUACUCCUUCCAGCCCAGCUAUUUCUUGACCCCACCAAGUACACCGAGCUCCUGUGAAAUCAUGGAUGAGAAUACAAAAAGUGAGACGAGUCAAGAAUCUGAUUUGGAUCUGCUGCAGAGUAUAAUGAACACAAAAGAUGAAUCCAAGACAGUGUCCCUGAGCACCGUGCAAGUCAACUGGAUGAAUUCCUUGCCUCCAAAUAAUGUUCAGGAACCAUUCUAUCAGGAUGCCUCUGCACCUCAGGCAUUUUCACCCACCAGUCAGGUGUACAGUGACUGCUCUCCACAGCAUAAAAAUGACCAAUAUCAGUUUGGCUGUCCCCCAAAUCACAUAGUUUCUCCACAGUGUACAAACUAUAACAAUUAUCCUCCAAGCCAGAAUUACCAAGAAUCUGUUUGUUCAAGUGAAGGGUUUCAGAAUUGCCCCCUAGAGGGCUUCUUGUCUCUCACAGAAUACACCCCUGAGUUGACAUCAGCAAAAAUGACCACAGAGUUCAGUAUGCCAGCUCAGAACUUCAGCCCAUCUUUAAGUCCACCCUGCAAUCAAUUUGUAGAUCAAAAUGUGAUCCAGCCAUCCCCAAAUGCUUCCUCUGCAGUGUGCCAGACCGUUGGAAGCCAGACAAGCCCGUUCCAGAUUGGCAAAUCGUUUUUCCAUUGGCAGAUAGAACAAGAAGAAAAGAAAUUAGCAAAUGUUCCCCCUGAGCGUCUUCUCUGUAAGGAUGCAGAUGGUGAUACGUGCCUUCACAUUGCUGUUGCACAAGGAAGAAGAGCUCUGUCCUUUGUCAUUGCACGGAAGAUGGCUGCCCUUAAUAUGCUGGAUAUAAAAGAACAUAACAAUCAGAGUGCCUUGCAAGUAGCAGUGGCUGCCAAUCAACACUUAAUUGUUCAUGACUUGAUCAGUCUUGGGGCACAAGUCAGCACUACAGACUAUUGGGGAAGGUCGCCACUUCAUGUCUGUGCUGGAAAGGGAUACCAGGAAGUGCUUCAGGCAAUCCAAAAAGGCACAGCUGCUAGCAAAGAAUACACUGAUAUCGAUGCAACAAAUUAUGAUGGUUUGACUCCACUACACUGUGCUGUAAUUGCCCACAAUGCUAUCGUCCAGCAGCUGCAGCGGAGUCGGGAGCAUUGUACGUCUGCGACAGAUGACCUGAUGAUGAAGAACAAGUCUAUGGUUGACACUGUUAAGCUAUUGCUUCAGAUGGGAGCUUCUGUAGACGCAAGAGAUCGCAAAAGUGGACGCACUGCCCUACACUUGGCCUGUGAAGAAGCAAAUCUAGAGCUGAUGAGUCUUUUCCUAGAGUUGCCAAACAGUUUGCUUUUCAUCAAUGCCAAGGCCUACAAUGGAAACACUGCAUUGCAUGUUGCAGCAAGUCUUCAGUACAGAAGAGCACAUGUGGGUGCAGUGAGACUUCUGAUGAGGAAAGGGGCUGACCCAAGUGCCAGGAACCUAGAGAAUGAGCAGCCUGUACACCUUGUAUCUGAUGGACCCAUAGGAGAAGAGAUAAGACGGGUUCUGAAAGGAAAAUCGGUUCAACAUCGCUUACCAUCUUACUAGACUCCCUUAUAAUCCACUUCUACACUCAUGCCAGUUAGGCAGUCUUUAUUAUGUAAAUACAUUUGUCUUAUUCAAGGACAAAUGAAAGUUGGUUUCUAUGAAACUAUUGAUAUUGUUCACUAUUAUAUAGUGACCUUAAUACAACUCACAGCAAAAUUCAUUCUUCGUUCUUUCACUUUCUUUUACUUUGUUACUGUAGUGGAUUGGGAGUACUUCUACUUUCUUACUUGUUCUGAAAAUAAUCAUCAACAAUUAAAACCAUUAUGGGGAGCUACCAAAGUUCCUUUGAUCAUUUAACCUUUUUAUUUUUUUAUUGUGUACUUUAAAAUUCUGAAAAGGAUUGUACGAAUACAUUGAAUCCUUAAAUAAAUAUACUGACAGUAAAGGACUAUAUUUAAAUAGUAAUAUAUUAUACUUUGUAAUCGAUGUGCAAAUCCAAUACGUUAGAACUUGCAACAUGUUGUUUUUUUUUUGUCUUCAUUAAAAUGAAGUCCAUACUUUUAUCCACUUUCUGAUUGAUAAGGGUAUGCAUGUAUUGAGAUGGACGCACAAUAAAUAUAAAAUUGUAAGAAUCCAAGGCUUCAGUUGGUUUUAUCACUUUAUUAUAUAUGUUUAUAAUAAUUAUUGAAUAUUUCUUAUAUAUAUUUAUAGAGUAAUUGCAUAAGUUCUUUAUAGUAUGUCUUGUGGACAAAAUAUUGAAAUAUAUGGAAUUGUAAAUUGUAUUAAAAAUAAAAAUUGUUAAUAAAGUUGUACUUUUUUUUUAGUUCAA